AUGUCUCUUCGUCGAAAGACCCAUGGUAUCUCUGCAGACGUUCAAUCAACCAUGAACCCUGCGGGACUUCAUAUUCGGAGCACCACAUUCAAUACGCCUGUAUCGAACUCCAGCAAUGAUCGUACUGCAUCAACCUCUAAGAUGGCAAUCCGCGACACCGGGACGAGGUCACCUUCCCCUGUCACCGUUCAACCUCAAUCUGUGUCUUUUGUGUCGUCUGAGCAAAAAGGAAAGAAGAAGGACUGGGUAGGAAGCGCCUCAAAGCGUCUUCGACUCCCAAAGCUACGCGAAAAGGCUAGCUCGACACAGGUUCAGGAAGCAUUAAUAAAUUCUAAAGACACCACGCGGAAGCUCAUUAUUGGAUCAACGAAGAGCAGUGCCACAACUCCGACUCAAACUCAACGUCCACAGCAGAGCAAAUUGGACCGCUCCGAGCCCCCCAAAAAGUCCUCCAGCCCAAUCGACAAACCAUUGCCUAGUCUUCCUGUUGCAAUUGUCGACUACAAAUCCCCUGUCCGCAGAUCACUUAUCGACUGCGCUGAACGCCCUUUGCGACGUUCAGUGUCUCCUCUAGAUGGUGGACUAUUAAACGAAGAAGUUUGGCCUUCAAUGCAGCCUUCAAAUGGCACGACUACCACUUUUCCAGAACCUUGCAAAGGUCAGACCAAGCCAAGUUUGGGCGAGAGUAUUAUCGAUGGUCUUCGAAGCCUGAACCUGCAAGACAAUGAAGAUAUAACAGACAAUAAGUACUCGGCCGUCGACUUUGAAAAUCCUCUUAUCAAAAAAGACUUCAACUCCCAAGCUUCAGAGAAAAAUACGCACUCACCUUUAAAAGUCUGUGACAAUGACUCUAACCGCCCACUAUCGUCGAGUCAAUUGCCAAAGCCACGCGACUCAAUGUUGCAUUCUCUUAGACGACACAACGAGAACCCUGUCAUUCGCCAAACAAAGACCUCGGCUAUGAGACUUCAGAAUGCGAUGGGGAAGAGAACCUGGAGCUCUGGUGAGAAGAGUGAGGCCAACGAAGAUGCCCUUUCGUCAAUUCAAGAACACCCAAAACUAUUGAGCAAAUCCAAACAGAUUCAUGGCUAUGUGCCAGGUCCGAUUCGAUCUGCGUCCCGAGGCCGACAUGCAGUCACAGUCCGUGGCUCACCUUACAUCAUCCCUUCUCGUGCCCCUUCAAGAGCGAACACGGCAUCGCCUGCUAAUCAGCAAGAAAUGAACUUGGCGGAUCAAAGCAUGAUGGUGUCCAUCGGUCUACAGACUCCUACUUCGAAUGGUCUUGACAAUUCUGGACGAAAGGUAUCUACUGCAAGAGAUGGUUCCAGACAAAGCUCACUCCCGAUUCCGAGCCGUUUGAAAGAUGAACGAGCAAGCGCGGGUAGAGCGAGUGUCUCUCCUCAACAACAAUCCCCUCCGGACGAAACAUUGAAGUCAGCAGAGAGCCGAGAAAUCGAGGAAAUUCGCGCCACAGCAACUGAUCCUGCAAAUUCUCAGUCAUCUGACCAAUCUCCAACUGUUGAAGAUAGCUGCAUUGAUCUUCGAGAUGCGUUGUCGUCGCCUGUGCCACAAGAUCAAAACUCAGCAGUACGCAGAACCGACAAUUCUCACAGCUCAACACGUGGCUAUGAUGCCCAUGGUGGUUUUCGUCUCAAACAUCUUGGCAAUGGACUGCUUGAUGGUCCGACACUGCGUAUCAACGACUCUGCAAGUCGUAUAUUGCUAGGUACCGACGAGACAGCAGCCACCAGCGCAGUUGCUCUACCUCCACGCUCCAGCGUCACAAACCGCCGCAAAAGAAGUGCUCCAGAACUCAGUCAGCGUAAGGACCAAAAGAUUAGCAGCCGGCCUACCAGUGCUCUUUUCGACCGUCCCCUGUCAUUCAUCGCGAGAAACAUUGCUGAUCGUACAAGUGAAAUCAAAGUACUUGACGAUGAUGAAGUGCGCAAAUUGAUAGGCGAGGGUAGCUCUCCAUCGAAAUCUGAACCGGCAGAGCUGCCUGGGAGUGAUGUGGUGUUCGUCUGUGAUUCAAGACCUAGUUCACUCAUUGCGAAACAUGUGACACAGGAUUCUUGGGAGAAUCAAAAAAGCCCACUCCACGUACAGUGUGACUGGCCUGGCAAAGACUUUGCAGAGUUCAAUCUCUGUCCAAGUCCUGAUCGAUCCCCUCCGAAAGCCAAGGAGCCCUCGCUCUCCAAAAAUGGCGACUCUAGUAAAAGCAAGUCUUCAAUCUACACGGAUGCCGAACCACCAAAAACGGGCUCGGCAAGUAUCAAGUCGAUCACAUCCAGGCCAUCUACUAUUGCCCUACGUGCACCACCGAGCAAGGAGAUUGCGCCUUUUCUGUUUCAGAAUGCCGGAAAUCUGGAAAAGAAAGGCAAGGAACCUGUUCGAAAGGUGUCUGCCCAUUUGGAUGUCCCUGGUAGUGCUGGCAGCGGCGACUCUACCGCGACAUAUCCACCACGGAUCUCCUCCAGAAAACCAAAACCACCUCCGAUCAUUGUGUCGCCUCCACAGAAUACCGGCCCAACAAUCAGCAUCCAGCCUCGUGCGUUGAAUACUCGUGAAGUCGACCCUGAUUCUCUCAAGAAGCCGAGAAAUGUCAAAACCUUCUCUCAGAGUGUCAGUCCACACGCCGAUUCGACAAAGGCUCGGAAGGCCGUCCACAAACUGGGAUACGCCCCUUCUUCGAGCAGCAAGAAAGUCAUUUCGAAUAUCCGAGGACUCUUUCACAAACGUUCCGUCGAGUCAGAUACGACUACCAACGAUAAUGGGGCUGGUUCUUUCCGACACAGUCUCGUACCUAAUCCUUUGCGAAUAAAUCCAUCGGAUGGUGCUGGCGGUGGGGUGGACUCUGACGAUUCUCGAGGUCCGGAACAUGCUAGGACCCGUGCUGGUGCACGCAACUUGAUCCGAAAUCCAUUCAUCAGCCCAACCACGCCGUUCACCGCGACUGUGAAGCCGUCACCGUACCCUAGUAGGCUCCUCAGUAGUUCGUCGACGCAGCAGCGUGACAAUGCUAAGGAGGACGGGAGUGCGGAAGAAGCAACGUCAAUACCGCCCCCACUCCCUUCUCCAGCCGAGACACUCUCCAACGCCACGACUUUGACUCAUUCUCUUUUGGACCUCGCUCACAUAGAGACCGACCUGCAGCGAAAGAGCCAUUUGAUUCAGAUGAGCAAAUGCAUGGUCGAGGUGGUUGGUGCUGCGCGAGAUGCCGAAAAGGCAAUGGAAAAGGCCAAGAUGGAAGCUGCACGAGCAGAGGUCUCCUGGCUCAAGGUACAAAAGACCAUGGGUGAGAUGGUGGAGCAUGUCGUCAAAGUUGAUAGCUUGUCGAGAAGGCGUAUCGAGUAA